AUGAAGUCAUUUACCUCAACACCUUUUGCGAUGACGAUGAUUGCGCUGUUCUCUGGCGCUGUUAUUGCUAUGCCUCAGAUGGGAGGACCACUGCCGAAUGGAAUGUCAGGAGGAAUGAUGCCUGGUCAAGGUCAACCCCAGGGUAUGCCGAAGUACGUGAUCCACCAUCCUUUUAGUCCUUUCGAACGCGCUGUUGAUGGGGCGUUUGGAACUAGCCAACCGAUGCAACAGGGCCAGCAAUUCCCGCAAAACCCACAGAUGCAGAAUCCGGGGCAGAUGCAGGGCCUGCCGCAACCCAUGGCGAAUGAUCCCAAUAACGCGGCGAUUCAGCCGCAGAACGGUGUGCAGCUCCCCCCGGGAGCGAUGCCGACGAACCAGCAGCAGCAGCAGUUCGGGAUGAACCCUGGGCUGAAUACGCAGAUGAACGGAGCGGCGGCGCGGGGUGCCAGACGACAGGGGGUCGCAGUGAUAGGGGCCGCCGCUGUCGGCGCUGUGGUCGCUUUGAUGAUAUGA